UUUGUGAAGUGCACCAGUGAAACACCCAUUACAUGAUGCUGGUAAAGGCACAUUUAUUCAAAUGUGGUAAAAAGAUGAGAGGAGAAGUUUUUUUCAGAUUGCACAUCACCAAUGGAGCACUGUACCCACGUGGCUCUAAAGGUUUUGUUAAGAGAGCUGAAACAUGAGCAGUUUCAAAUGUCCAUCAAUUUUGACUUAAAACCGUCAAAAGUCUCAGACAGCUGAGGAUGAAAAGCAAUUUUGUUUUUCAGCACAUUCAAGCAUGCAUCCAAAUUGAAGCUUUUGCAUUAGUUUAGUCAGAUUACAUAACAAAAAUGUUGUGAGGUCACAUGAAGAGGGUGUCCCUUUGGAGACGUCCGGUGCUAUCUUGAAACAAAGCCAUAAACUAGAAAAGUAGACACCAGAUAAAUAAUGGUAAUAAACUGAAAUAUGUUCGAGAUAUAUUUAUUUACAUUCCACUUUAAAUGCGUCUUCAAUUAACUUUCAUCUCGCGAGAUCUUUGGUUUGAACUUGUUCUUAGGUGCGCGCUGCGCUGGUCUUUAAUGAGUGCAAAGCACAGCUUCCUCUCCGCUCAUCCGAUGCGCGUCUGCGGGCAGAUGGGAGCAGAUAUGAGGGGGACUGUGGCUCCUCGUUAUUCUGUCUGACAGGAAUCCUCGUCCUCAGCAUGUGGUCUUUUCGGAACCGAGCGCGGACGGUUCGGACGUGGAGACAAAACUUUUUCACAGUUUCAGCUACUUUGCGCUCCAAAGGGGCUUCGAUGGCAUUGCUCAUUCAGGGAAGAUGUGGAGAACUGCAUCAACACAGCUUUGCACGGCUGCUCUGCUCAAACAGGCCUCUGAAAGGUUUUGAAAAGUUGUUCCCGAAGAGAAAGGAAGGAACUGGCAGCCGAACAUCAGCAGAAAAUAAAAGAAGUAGAGAGCAAGACUCACUUCGAACCGAAAGGCGUGAAGGGAAUGAUGGCAGGGGUGAAAGAGGAGGAGGAGAAAAGGAGAGAUCUCAGUGGUGGAAACGAUUCAAGAAAGAUUUUGCCUUUGAUGAAAGGACUGUGCAGAACUUUGCUCUCGGCGCUGCGGGCAUGACCACGGCCUUUUUGUACUUCCACUUCAGGGAAACUGGAGUCCAGAUCUCCUGGCAGGAUUUUGUUCUGUAUCUGAGCAAAGGCGUGGUUGGUCGUGUAGCUGUGGUCAAUAAACAGUACGUCAAAGUGUUUCCGGCCGAUGGAGUGAACUCAUCAGAAGUGGAUUAUUUGUGGUUUAACAUUGGCAGCGUGGCCUCAUUUGAACACAAGUUGGAGAUGGUUCAGGAGGAAAUGGGCCUGGACUCCACACAGAAAGUACCCGUCCUCUACACCAGUGAAAGUGACGGGACGAUGGUUUUAAGUGUUCUCCCUACGUUCCUCUUGGCUGGCUUCUUACUAUUUGCAAAGCGACAGGGGCCCAUAGCCGGGGCACACGGCGGCAGUUUGAAAGGAAAUCCAUUCAGCAUGAAAGCAUCUAAAGCAAAGAUAAUUAAAGACUUUGGAAAUGUUUGCUUUAAGGAUGUGGCAGGCUGCGAAGAGGCCAAACUAGAGAUCUUGGAGUUCGUGAAUUUUCUGAAAAACCCAAAUCAGUACCGGGAGUUGGGAGCCAAGAUCCCAAAGGGUGCGCUGUUAUCUGGGUCCCCUGGUACUGGGAAGACGUUGCUGGCGAAGGCCACAGCAGGGGAGGCCAGUGUCCCCUUCAUCACAGUUAAUGGCUCCGAGUUUCAGGAAGUUUUUGCUGGGGUGGGCCCUGCAAGGAUGAGAGAUGUGUUUGCCAUGGCCCGCAAGAUGGCCCCCUGCAUUGUUUUUAUCGAUGAGAUCGAUGCGGUCGGCAGGAAAAGAGGCAGCGGGAGCUUUGGCUGGCAGAGCGAGCAGGAAAACACUCUGAACCAGCUGCUUGUGGAAAUGGAUGGAUUCAACAGCAGCACCGACAUUGUCGUGCUAGCCGGCACUAAUCGAGCUGAUGUCCUAGAUCCGGCUCUGCUGAGACCCGGCCGCUUUGAUCGACAUGUAUAUUUGGGCCUGCCUGAUAUAAAAGGCAGAGCAUCCAUCUUCAAAGUGCAUCUGAGACCUCUGAAGUUGGAGCCUUGUUUAAACCUAGAAGCUUUGUCCAGGAAGUUAGCUGCACAGACCCCGGGUUUUACAGGGGCUGAAAUUGCCAAUGUUUGUAAUGAAGCUGCACUGAGAGCUGCACGUCAUGUCAGCCAGUGCAUCAGUGCUGAGCACUUUGAGCAGGCUGUGGAGAGGGUCAUUGGAGGUCUGGAUAAAAACACUCAGCCGUUACAGCUUCUAGAAAAGACAACCGUGGCGUAUCACAGGGCUGGUCAUGCCGUAGCAGGAUGGUUCCUGGAGCAUGCAGAACCACUGCUUAAGGUUUCCAUUGCUCCUCGGGGGAGAGGUUUGGGCUAUGCACAGUAUUUAUCUAAGGAGCUGCACCUGCUGAACCAGGACCAGCUGUUCGACAGGAUGUGCAUGAUGUUAGGAGGACGCGUGGCCGAGCAGGUUUUUUUUCGACGAGUCAGCACCGGGUCCCAGGACGACCUCAGGAAAGUCACACAGAUGGCGUACGAGCAGGUUGUUCAGUUCGGAAUGAACAAGGCUGUGGGUCAUGUUUCUUUUGACCUCCAUCUUCAGCAAAACGCCGUCACAGAGAAGCCCUACAGUGAGUCAGCAGCGCAGCUCAUAGAUCAGGAGGUCCGCUCGCUUGUAGACGUCGCCUUCCAGCGAACACUUCAGCUUGUUGUCGACAAGAAGGAGAUGGUGGAAAAGGUGGCGAAGCGUCUGCUAGAAAAAGAGAUUCUGGACAGAACGGACAUGGUGGAGCUCCUUGGGCCUCGGCCUUUUCAAGAGAACGGCUCAUAUGAGGAGCUUUGUGAAGCAUUAGAAUAUGAAGAGGAAACUCCACAACCUGAAGGACUAAAGUGUGGAGAGGAUGAAAAACAGAACAAAUCGCCUUUUCACAUGCUUCAUUAACAAAUUUACUGCACCUUUCAGAAAUAUUAGUAUCCCCUGAACUUAACAUUUUGUCACAUUACAACCACAUCCAUCCAUCCAUAUUUGAUGGGGAUUUAUGUUGUACACCACUAUAAAGCAAGGGAGUUUUUUUUUUCUUUUUUACAAAUCUCCAAAAAGGGCUGAUGUUUUCACCAUGACUCAAACAUUUCUAGAACCAAAUCUACAUGAAAUAUUUGCCUUGAUUGCAAAAUGUUUCAGUUUCUGCAAAAAUGUAUGGAAGAGUGGAUGUGUAAUACCCAGAUCUUAUGAUAGAUUGCUAAAUUGAAUAUGAUCUUCUCCCUUUGAUUAGCUCAUCACUCUGCUUUGAUCUAAACCAUUUGAUCUGAAUCAUUACAUUCAGCCUCUAGCAGGUUUUCUUCCAUCAUUACCCUGGAUUUAGCUACAUCCAUCCCCCAUCAACGCUGGCAACAGCUGCUUCUGCUGAGAAUUUGUUCUGCACUUUCUCUCAUUAGUUUUCAGUAAUGUCAUCUGCAUGAAGCUGCACCCUGAAAUUCAUUGAGUUUCCUUCAAAAAUGGCUUUUUUUUGACACUUUUUCUAUGAAGACCACGCUGCUGGUCUUCAUAGAAAACUCUUGGACAGGUUGCAGUGUAAUACUCUUUUUAUUUUCAGACACUGUGUUUAACAGCAUUCUGUGACAUGUUUAUAGCUUAACAAACUGUUCUAACUACGCUUUAACCUUCUCCACUACUUUCUCCCAGUUUGGUCUGCUCUAUUUCUUGGUCUUCCUGAUGCUGUUUUUUCCAUUAAUGUUAAUGAUCUCUGAAGCCUCCAUGAAAUAGCUGCAGUUUUAUAGAUAAUAAAUGACACACAUGUUUUCUUUGUAGUAUUUAUAAUCCCUUGUUUUCAAUUGAUUAUUUAGCAUUAUCAGUGAAUACAAAUGCAUGCCACACUUUUUAGAAGCUAUAAAUUGUUUUUAUUCCCAACUCAGUAAUUUCAAUUCACUACUUUGUGCUGGUACAACAUGUAACAUUCCAAUAAAGAUGAAUUUGUGGCUGUAGCAGACUUUCUGUGCACCGUAAUGCC